UUCAUAUCAGUCACUGCCCACAGUUGCGCACUUCUAUGGGCACAGCGGUAUUUCUGCGCGAGACGAACAUCUUUAUAAAGCAGACUUUGUGGGUGGGGUCGCGCCGCCCCACGCCGCCCCACGCCGCCUCCCCGCGCUCCGCAGCCAUUACCCGCCUGUCUGGGCGGCGGAGUUAGGCCAAAACAGCCGUCUCAACAAAAAGUGACUCCGCCCGCAGCCCAGAAUCAGGCGGCCGAUCCGUGUGGAAGCUCAUCUGGUCCCAAAGCAUAUGAUCUGUCCCCGAGGACCAGACACAGCAGCGGCUCCCGAUCUGCGCUGAAUGAAGUUGUAGAAGCAUUUCCAGCUGGCCGUGAAUCCGCUCGGUGCGUGGAUUUACCGCGGGGGAGCGUUUGGAAGUUUUGAACGCGCGGUGCCGCGAGGAAUAGGAGCUCGUGUCUCGUCGGAUCAUCGUUGGAUUCACAGGUUGCAGCUGGAUCACGCAGUCUCAAGGUGACUAAUGCUCAACCCCCCGCGACAGAGAUCCUGCCAGUGCUCACAUACUUUCCACCCCAGCUCAUGUGGAAGCUGAGUUUGUCGUUGACCUGUAGAGGCAGAGAUGCCUCCAGCGGUCCCCACGCCUGCUCUGGGUCCAUGGAGCUCCGCGGGGGCUGGUGCUGAGGGACCCUGAACGCCCAGGAUGUCAGGAUGCCCAUCACUCAGGACAACGCCCUCAGCAUCCUUCCACUGCUGGAGGACUGGCACAGGGCUCAGACCACCAGACCGCAGCAGGAGCAUGUGAAGCAGGACAGCUCUGUUUACAAGGACGUGGACCAGGACUCCGUCCAGGAUGGGGAGGGGGACAGCGUGUGCAGCCUCAGCAGUGUCAGUGUGGAGGACAUGUCCCUGUGCCUUGCUGCCAUUCAGAAGCUGGUGGAGUACAUCAGGCUCAAUUUCCUGGAGGGUGACACAGCGCUGGCUCGCAGCCCGAGCUCCUGCAGGGAGGGGUUGGACCUUGAGGUUCACGCGGUUUAUCUCUGCAAGGAUGAUGGAGAUACAGACGGAUUCGGCCUCAGCUUUGGGAACAUCCCGAUUUUCGGGGACCCUGAUGGAAGAAAGAAGGGAGGCCUGAGGAGGCGGCGGGACCAGGGUCCCAUCAUGGACGUGGGCUGCAUCUGGGUGACGGAGGUGAAGAAGAGGAGCCCAGCAGCUUGUUGUGGGAGGAUCAAACUGAGAGACGAGCUGCUGUCGAUAAACGGGCAGCUGAUGGUGGGAGUAGAUGUCAGUGGAGCCAGUUACCUGGCGGAUCAGUGCUGGAGCGGAGGCUGCGUCUACCUGAUCACGCUGCGCCGGGUCAAGAGGAAGGCCCCUCCCCCUCCCUGUGACCUCAGCGCCGACUGGGGAGCUGCCCCCGAAGCCUCGGACACGCCGGGAAACUGCACGCGCACACGCAAGUUUGGAGUGAUAUCCCGAUCGGCCUCGACCCGAGACAACAGGGACAGCGGCGACUCGGAGCCGCAGAGCUGCUACGACGGGAGCAGCUCUGCGGCUCCGCUGCCCCGUGCGUCCGUGGGAGCAGGCGAGGACUCCUCACACACGCCCACAGAGGAGAGACCUCACGCCUGUCCCCGGCGCCUGCACAGAGGAGGCGCCGCCACGCUGCCGGGCAGGUGCUACAGCCAGCUGCUGGAAAGCAAGAUGGAGUCCUUCAGCAGCGAGCCUUCAGGCCAGCUCAGAGAGGGCAGUCACAUCUGGAAGAUGCACAUGAUGAAGGGUCAGGAGGGCCUGGGCAUCCAGAUAACAGGGGGGCGUGGCUCCAGGCGCUCUCCUCAUGGCAUCAUCAUAACGCACAUAGAGGAGGGCGGCGCCAUCGACAAGGACGGUCGUCUUCAUCCGGGCGAUGAGUUGCUGAUGAUCAACGGCCAGUCUCUGGUGGGACUCACUCAUCAGGAGGCUGUUGCUGUGCUCCGCUCCACCUCCGGUCUGAUCCAGCUGGUGGUGGCCAGCAGGGAGGAAUCGGACGUGGGUUGUGAGCCUUUCCCAUCCACCAGUCUGCCGGACCUGGUCAGCACCUGCAGUGCCUCCUCCCCCUUGUCCCACGCUGCUCCUCUCCACUCCCCCCAGGGCUCCAUCAGCAGCACCAGUCUCCACAGCCGCUUCAUGUUGACUCACCUGGACAAACUAGAAGACCAGAGUAGAAGGGAGGCCUCCAAAGGCUUGAAACUCUGCAGGUCACAAGGGGGCAGCAGUCGCUUGGAGUCGGUGGGCGAGGACGAUGAGCUGUUUGUGGAGAACGGUGUGAGCAGCUAUGAAGUGGUGGAGAAGCCCCCACCUGGCAGACGCAAACACUCCUUACCCCAUCAGCUGGACCCUGCUGGAGUCAGACCGGAUUAUCAGGUAAUUAAGAAAUCAGCCCGUUCCCUGAGCACCGUUCAAGUAGAGUCUCCAUGGCGACUGGCUCAGCCAUCCAUUAUCUCCAGCAUAGUGCUGAUGAAAGGCCAGGGCAAGGGCCUUGGCUUCAGCAUUGUUGGGGGGCAGGACUCAGCCAGAGGACAGAUGGGGAUUUUUGUCAAGACCAUUUUCCCUCAUGGAGCCGCUGCGGCUGACGGACGGCUGAAGGAAGGAGAUGAGCUGCUGGAAGUGAACGGAGAGUCUCUGCAAGGACUGACACACCAACAGGCCAUCCAGACGUUCAAGCAACUAAGAAAAGGGGUAGUGACGCUCACCAUCCGGACCCGCCUGCGCAGCCCGAGCCUGACGCCGUGUCCGACCCCCACCGCGCUCAGCCGCUCCAGCUCGCCCAACUCCACCGCCAGCGGGGCGGCGCCCGCGGCCGCGCCGGAGGAGGCCGACGGCCGCAGGGGCCCCGGGCCAAAGGACUGCGUCGUCAUGGAGGUCACGCUGAAUAAAGAAGCUGGCGUUGGACUGGGAAUUGGAGUUUGCUGUCUCACUCUGGAGAACUCUGCUCCGGGCAUCUACAUUCACAGCCUGGCGCUGGGAUCUGUGGCGAAGAUGGACGGGAGACUGAGUCGUGGAGACCAGAUACUGGAGGUGGACUCGGUCAGCCUUCGACAUGCUGCUCUCAGCGAGGCCUAUGGGAUUCUGAGCGAGUGCGGCCCAGGACUCGUCAGCCUCAUCAUAAGCCGACACCCUAACCCCAAGGUAUCAGAACAGGAGAUGGAUCAGAUCAUAGCUCGAACCACACACAGGGACAAAAUGAACAGGAACAAGGCCUCGUCUCUGUCCCCAGGUAGGACCUCUAACCCAGUGAUGAGGGACGGUGCUGGAGACAGCUCCCCGGCGCUGAGCUGGACCAUGAAGAGGUUCCUUGAGCCGGCCAGCAGAGGCUCUCUGAGCUCAGAGUCAGAGUUAUCUCAGUACUUCUCCCAGGAGGUUUCCAGCCCCACGUUCCUGCCUGAAUCUGUGCUGAUGGGCUCCCACAGCGAUGAGGCGAUGCACCAGCAGAGCUGCACUGCCUCCGUGGAUGACGGCGCUUCACAGCCACACGAAGUGGAGCGUGGCCCGAGGCCCGGCUCAUCGCCGGACGCCAGCAUCCAGGCAGCGGUGCAGCCCGCGGACGGGCUGGUGCGGAGCCCCCUGCUGCGCCAGCGCCGCCUCAUGUGCUCUGAGGACGAGCUCAGUGCCAAUGAGGACUCAGACAACGCUGGGACGACUGCGCUCACUGACACACACACUGAGAGCCUCAGCAAUGGACACCCCCCGCACGUGUUCACAGCUGCUUCAGAGAUCAUCAUUGCUACUUCGUCUUUGGAUGUGGAUGGAGACAGUGAUGGUGGAGAUCUGCAGAGGUUUGAAGACACCUGUUCGCCUAAGUCUCCACCACCUGCUUCUGAAUCAGCCUUUCUGCCCAUGCACUGCACUUCUGAGCACAAAGAGGCGGCAGCGAGCGGCACGGAGUCUGCUGUCGUGACCCGUCCAGAUCGGCUGGAUGGACGGGUGGACCCGAGGCGCUGCCCCGAGCUGGAGCGCGAAGCAAUGAGCCUGAAAGGGUCUCUGAGCCCUGAAGCAGGCUGCCUGGCCCAGAGGCUCCGGGCCGGAGCCCAGGACCCGUGUGCUGGUCUGCAGCCUGCAGGUGGAGCAGCGGGACAUGCAGAUGCACGCCCGCUGCUGGAGGGCGGCACUGUCCACACAGUGACCCUGAGGAGGAACCAGGAGGAGUCCUUUGGGCUCAACCUGGAAAUCAUGUCGUUCCCUCUGAAAGUGGUGAUCACGGGGUUGAAGCCUGGAGGCGCAGCACAAAGGGCAUCAUCGGCCAAGCUGUGUCUGGGAGAUGAGAUAGUGAGGAUUGGGGAGAAGCUGGUGAGCUCCUGCAGCUACCAGGAAGUCUGCCAGCUGAUGCACAACCUUCCCAGGACUCUGUCCCUGGAGGUCAAGCGCCCGGUCUCAGCUGUAGAUCAAGUGUCAGGUUUGAGGGUUUCAUCAGGAGUCGAUGCUGCUGCCAACAUGAAGCUGGCUGAUGAGGCUCAAGUACUCAGUCCUAAGCACCCAACCCAAACGGAGCAUCGCAUGCCCAUCACCAACAUCGACGACGUAUUAUCGGAGUGCAGUGAUGUGAAUACACACCAUACAUCCCCAUCACCCUGUAACGAGGCUUCCAGGAAGGCGCCGCCUCAGCCUCCGGCACAGCCCAGACCCCUGCACGCGGACGGAGACGCUGCUGCCGUCUCUGUGGAGGCACCUCAUAUGAAACAGCUGAAGCAAAACCACAUGUACCCUGAGAGUGAUGACAGCGACUCCAGCGACAGCAGCGUCAACAAGGUGACGGACGGGGGACGCGUCGACCCCUCUUCAGACGACGAACAGGUGGAAAUGUGCUCAGCUGAUGCCCAGCGGGGGCAACAGGCUCCCCCCUGCUCCAGGCAGCCUCCCACAGAGUCUUUACCUGUUCAGGAAGCCAGGGGUUCAGCCCAGGGGGCUGAUGGGAUGCAGCUCGCCUCCAGUUUGACACCAGCACAGGCCUCGCCGCCCGCUGAGGCUUCCUCUGUGGUGUCCUGUACAGAGGGCCACAGCAGUGCUGGUAACACCAGCUCCCACCCACCACACGCUCACGCUGCCACUCAGGAAACCGCGGACGCCGCUGUGACCUCAGAGCUGCUGGAGCCCACGCGCCGGCCGCCUUUGGGCCCUUCCAGCUUCAGUGGGUCUCAGACAGAAAGGCCAGAGCCAGUGAAAGGCAAAGACAAUGUGCUGGAGCAGAGAGCCGUAAAGCUGCACGUUAGCUCAUCGCCCCCUGACUGGUCGGACUGGACACUCAGCGGCGUCAAACUCAGGGUUGAGUCCAAAAUCAGACCGAACUGCUCCACUAAACUGAAAGGCCUGAAGAUUAGAGCUGAGAGCAGAGCAGCCAAUGAGUCCCGUCAAUGCACCAGUUCAAACGGCGACGCUGCCUUCAGCCCAUCGCCCACCGGCGCCGAGUCCAACGUGAGCAGCUGGAACAGAGGACGCGACAUAAGGCAGGUUCCAGCCGCGGGCAGGUGUUCAGUCGCCUCCGUGCAGACCAUUCACCCAGACUGGACUCCUCCAGCCGAGUCCCAGGAGUCACAGCAGCCUCUCACUCAGAGAACCUUCAUGGAGGUUCGACUGUCUCCCUCAUCUGCCUCAUCGUCACCAGCCAUGACACCAAGUGGCAGCCACUGCAAACACACUCCAGGCGGCGCUGAUAGGGUAGCGUCUGCUGCCAGGUCCACGCUGAGUAGAACCCCCCCCUCCUCCCCCUCCUCCUCCUCCUGCACCAGGCUGUACUCACAGGACAGGAGGAGCCUCUCCUCCGACGCCGGCUGCUCUGCACAGAACAACCCCUUCUCUGUGCGACACAAGAUCAAGUCCUUUGAGAACCUGGCUACCGUUGAGCGGCCUGUGACGCGGAGCAGCGACAGCCAGUCGUUUGCCCUCGCGUUCAGAGCCUCGCUGCACCAGAGGAUCGCUGGUUACAUGGGCUCGCUCAGCUCCACGGACGCCCACACCCGGCACAGGAGCAGCUGCGCAGAGAGCGCUAAGGCUCCGACCAGCGCGGCGCUCCUGGGCUCCGGCUCUGCUCUGGCUGAGCGCCGGCCCGGGCCCGUUAGCAGAGCGCCCAGCGGGCCGGCGCCGCACACGCCUCCGGUGCUCCGCAGGAAGCACAGCAGGGCUCCAUCCAGCAGGCUGCCGCAGCUCCGGGCCCUCAGCAUGCCCGACCUGGAGAACCUGUGCGCCGAGGGCCUCCCAGCCGAGGACGCGGCCCGGCCCGGCCUCCACCCGCCACAUCCCAAGGCAACGCGGGCCGAGAGCUGCCAGCCUGCAGCGGCGCCGGCCAUCCGAGACCCAGAACCCACCGGGGCCCGCGGGGGGAACCCGGGCCCACGUGGACCACGGCCUGGAUGGUCCAUCAGUUUACAGGAGCUGGCCUCAUCUGCCUCCAGUCGCUGGGAGCUGCAGUCACAGCUGUGCUCCCUGACGUCCCAGUCGUACGUCUCAUCCCUGCUUCAGCAGCCGGCGGGCCUCUGUGAGGUGAACACUCGGCUGGUGGUUCUUGAUAAAGAAGAAGGCUCGGGUCUUGGCUUCAGCGUCGCUGGUGGAGUUGACCUGGAGCAGAAGGCAGUAACUGUUCACCGGGUCUUCACCAGAGGUGCAGCUGGAUCUGAAGGUACAAUCCAGAAGGGCGACGUCAUUUUAUCUAUAAACGGCAUCAGUCUGGAAGGAAAGACCCACGGAGAGGCCGUGUCCUGCCUGCACCAAGCCAGACUGUGCAGCCAGGCCCUGGUGGUGGUGAGAGGCCCACCAGCCGGACCACCAGCCGGACCACCAGCCGGACCACCAGCCGGACCACCAGCCAGACCACAACCCGGAUCACCAGGGGGCCUGAGCGCCGGCCCGAGGCUCCCACAGAGCACGGCCUCCGUGGAGGCUGCAACUGAGACGGACGGACGUCCAGACGGAGCUGUGUCAGUGGAGCUUCAGAGCGCUGCAGGUCUGGGCUUUGGCCUGGAGGGGGUCCUGGAGGGGGGCCGGGCGUCAGGCCCCGCAGACCGGCCUCUGGUGGUGAGACGCAUCUUUAAAGGGGACCUCAUCUAGACGUGGACGUGUGGAACCAGACCGACUCCUACAGGCAGUGACCGGUGCCACACUGUGUAGCGUAGGAUUAAAGUGAAGCCUUCAUCUGGGCCCAACGUAACACAAACGCCUCGACAACCAGCAGCAGAAAGCACGCAGGCCUCGUGAGGUCACCAGCUGCUAACUCAGUCGCCUCCAGUGGAGCCUGCAGGAACAUGAGGUGUUAUUAAAUCAGUCUGACUCUCAUUCACUGUCCUUCAUUCUGUGCUUAUGAGCAUUGUUGAUGUAUUUCUGCACAACUUGACUGUUUUACUGACUAUUACUGAAACCUUUUUGUUUUAUCUUAACUACAUUUCAGACAAAGAUAUUGAAAUUUCACACCACUAGAUUUAUUUAUUAACAUUUUUUUCUUUAAGAACUUUUUUUCCUUUUAGAUCAGAUUUGUUGUCAAUGUCAAAAUCUAGAAGUCACUGUGUGAUUUUUAUUAUGAAUUUUAAAACCUGAUGAUCAAACUAAAUAUAGGAAACACAACAUGUCAGCUCUGGUGACUGGUGCUAAUAUUCAGGUAUUUUGCUGAACAGACCGUUGUUUGGGAUCUUCCUAUGGUAAUAUUUGAGUGUCUGACUCGUUGGGCCUUUCUAUGGGACUUCCUCUGCUGCUGUGAGCAGUGUAACUGUGAGUGAGACCGAGCUGCUGCAGGAGGUGCUGCAGAGCUGUCUGGACCCAUCGGCGUUGGCGAUGAGGUCCUGUCUGUGUGUUAAAGGCCCUUCUCUAUAGGGCCCCAUGCACCACCAUGCCUGGAGAGUCAUCAGAGCCACUAACGAGGGGCCAAACCAGCUGCUGAUCCGCAGUUCAGCGGCUUCCUGCAGGGGGCGCUGUGAAACUGGACCCUGACGCAGGAAACUGUGUGAAACAGUGUGAUGUGUGGUUGAACCACUGGAGGAUGUGGUGAAGAUGCUUAGUGCAGCUGUUUACAAUAGAUUUAUUUUGAACACAAUAAUAAAGUGUCGGUGGUUUCAUUUUUGUAAAUAAAGCCAACGUGUCAAAGAA